GAAAAACUGCCAUGUAUAUCCUACGAUUCCAUGUGCCCUUUAUGCAGCAUUACAAUUACAGCAGUUAGAAAUUGGCAGCUUCACUUUGGCUAAUGGAAUGUUUAAAUGGGACAAAAUCAGGUGGGCUUAUAAAAUAAAGGAAUUGAAUUCCAUUUAUUUGUAAAAUUAUUUAUUUAAUUUGCAUUAUGCACUGAAUUAUCAUUGCUUUAAAGUGUAGCAAAUAUGUAAUAAAUUAAAGCCACUUUGAUAACUGACAGGUCUAUCACUGAAGCUGUUGACCAAAUGCGAAUCUUCCGUGACCAUGAGUAUGGCUUUCAACCAGAGUUAGAAAUUCAACAAGCACUGCAUCGAUAUUUGAAAGAAUACUGUGAGCAAGAUCUUCAUGCUGUGGCUUCGACUCAAGAUAACAACUUCCGGAGACAUUCAUCAUCUUCUUCUCUGUCAGGAACAUUAAAAAAAGUCAAGGAGAAAUUACAGUCAAAGAAAAAAUAGGAUUGUUUUUUAUCAUACAUGUUGAAAGGAUAUAAAGUUCGAG